AUGUCCCGCGGCGGCGUCAAGAGUAGGGUGGAUGCCAAGUGCAAGUGGGAAGGGUGUUUUGCGCCCAGUGAAGGCGGGCUUGACUUCCAUAUCGGGGAGACCACAAAGAGCUUUAUUGAAGAGAUUCCGGACGAGACUAUAAUUAUAGGUGCGGGCGGAGGGGGAGAGUGUGGAACAAGACCUUGGGGUGGGGAGAGUCAGCUCUUCCAGAGCCGGGAGCAGCCGGUCUCGCCGCGUGCUGGCGUGGGCCGAGUCCAUGCCACCUCGCGCUCAUCUGACCUCCAGGAAACUACCGGACGCAGCUGUAUGACAAGCAGCGGAGGAGUACCAGCCGGCCACCCCCGGGCUCGGCAUGUUCGUGGAAGUGAAGGACCCAGAGGACAAGGGCCAAACGAAAUAACAAAGAGAAGCCGAAGUAGAGAGAAAACCUCCAACUUCUAUGAAAUCUUGACGAUGCACACAGUCAUAAACUGCUGCCACAAUACACUAGACUAUGGAUCAAAUCCAGGAAGGACACGAAGGGCAGACUCAGACCUCUGUUCAUUUCACACUGCGCGCAGAGACCUCCAAAACGGGGCGACCCUGGCCCAAGACCCCAAUACUCCUUUACUAGCGGGCCCCUGGGACACCGAACCACCUUCGGAGAGAAGUCAUCAGGGCAGUGCUCCGGCAGCAACACUCGCGUGGAUGAUGUCCGGUACUGAUGAGAGUGCGGGGGGCGGGGAGUGGAGGAGGGGGGGAGGGGAGACCGGGGACCAUACAGACCAGGGUAGACCAGAUUUACCAAUGGAUGGGUUUCAGGUGGCAAAGACGUGGUAA